GGAGCGGAAGGCUGGGAAAAGGACCUGAAGAAGGAGGAGGAGCAGCAGCAGCAGCUGGCGCAGCAGCAGGCGCAGCAGCAGCAGCGGCAGGUGCAGCAGCAACUGCAGCAGCAGGAUUAUCAACAGAAGUUGCGCUGCCUGCAGCAGCAACGGCACCAGCAGCAGCCACGUGAACAGCAGACGCAGCAAGAAGGCAAUCUUCUGCUGCAGCAGGACCACCAGCAGCAGGACCAGCAGCAGCAGCAGCAGCAGCAGCAGCGUCCAGGAUGGCGAAGGGCUUACGCUGCAAGACAAAGAGGGCCUUUAGGGCUGUAA